AGUAAACAUCUACAUUCUAAACAAGAUGAUGAGUGCAAAAUUAUGAAAUGAUUAGAUUCUAAAAAAUUAAUCAAAAAUUGCAAGGAAGCCCUUGAAUUAAGUACAAAUUCUCAGGAAAAGGGUCUUGAAGUGAUUUCAAUGAAAAACCAGAGGUGAGAGAUUCUGCGAUUGCCUCGUCGAACUAUUUGGCCUGGCUAUGUCCUCACUUCUGCCCCCUCCACUCAAUUUUCUUGCCAUUUUCGUUUAAACAACCUUAUUACUUUCUCUCUCUUCUUCUAGGGUUUUUUCGCCCCUUUUCUCAUCGGCGAUACUCUUCUCUUUCUCUCUCCUCUCGUUCGGUCGUCAGCAUUCAAUUUUUGUUUUCAAUUCUGUUUCUUUUAGGGUGAAGAUUGUUCAUUUUACCCAGAAGUAGUAGGAUUCCUUGCCUGAUUGUCGGGUGAAUUUUGGCAAUGAUGGAAGGUAACAACCAGAUUAAUUGCAACAACAAUAACAGUAGUAAUAGCAAUCGAGUUCCUUUAAUGGAUGAUGGAGAGCUUGAAUUUUCAAACCAAGAGCUCCUUUCUAGUGCAAACAUUGGCGAGAUUCCCAGUAGUGGAUCAAUGGAUAGUUUCUUUGACGAACUACUGAGGGAUACUCACGCUUGUACUCAUACCCACACCUGUAAUCCCCCCGGGCCUGAUUUAUCUCAUACGCACACCUGUUUUCAUGUGCACACAAAAAUCUUGCCCCCUUCUAGUGAAGAGAAAAGUGGGAACAAUGAUGAUUCUGCUGAAUCCGGGGAACAGAAAUCUAGGAAACGCGGGAGGGAGAGAGGGGGUAAUAGAGAAGCUGUUCGCAAGUAUCGGCAAAAGAAGAAAGCACAUGCAGCCUCGUUGGAGGACGAGGUUGUGAAAUUGAGGGCUUUGAACCAGCAAUUGAUAAAGAGAUUACAGGGUCAGGCUGCAUUGGAAGCUGAGAUUGCCAGGCUUAAGUGUCUGCUUGUUGACAUUAGGGGAAGAAUUGAAGGGGAAAUAGGCUCUUUUCCAUACCAAAGGCCAGUCAAGAGUGGGGAUAUGUAUCAGAAUAUUGCCAACAAUAAUAACUUUCCUGGUUCGUACAUGAUUCCAUGCAAUGCUCAGUGUGGUGAUCAAAUUUAUUGUCUCCACCCUGGUGUCGAUGGAAAACCUGGGGAAGGGGCAAACAUAGAUGCUCAGUGUGAGUAUGAGAAUUGCAUGGCUAGCCUGGGAUCUGCGCCAAAGGACCUUUUAAGUUGUGGCACAACAAUGUAACAUCCACUGGUGUUUCAUCUGGUAAUGCUAGGAGAAAAAGCUAAUCAUGCCGCACUUGCAAGCUAUUUGGUUACUGUUGAUGCCAAGGAGAUGUGAAGUCGAGACAUGUAUCUUAUGAAAGCACGCGUUGGUGAGCGAGGAAUGCUUUCAUUGCUCAAUAGAGUUCUAUAUUUAGCUCACUCUUGUUCUCUGAUUAUCCUCUUUUCUUCUGUUCAUGUGGAUCUAUCUUCUGCACUAUGUUCUUUUGUUUCGUGGAGUUGUUUAUCCACCCUUUUUUGUAAUCUUAGAACAUACUUAUGCUUAGGACUUGUAGAUGCUGGUUCGUUCAGUUUUUUUCUUUUUUUUUUUUUCUUUUGAUAAUAUCUUUAUGUCUUCCGUGAAUAAUAUGUUUGUAUGACUUGAGAUUAGAACUUAUAAUCUAUCAAGAAGUUCCAAGAUUUUCAUCCUUUUGUGA